AUGACCCACGCGGACAAUUCGACAGCCCUGACUACGACUGGGGAGAUGGAGGAUAGUCGAGCAUCCUCGGAUACGAACGUUGGGAUCAAGACAUGGCGACCGAGUAAUCGAAUGUACGUCGUCUUCUUGACUAUGUGUAUUAUCACAUUGGCUGCCGCGUUGGAUGCUACUUCUCUCUCUGUAGCUUUACCCAUGAUGUCCCAAAAGCUCCACGGCACAGCAAUAGAAGCCUUUUGGUCCGGCACCUCCUUCCUGAUAACCUCCACAGUCUUCCAACCAAACUUCGCCUCCCUCUCCGACAUCUUCGGCCGUCGGAGCCUAAUCCUCGUAGCACUAGUCUUCUUCACCGUCGGCGCCAUAGUCGCAGCCGUAGCAAACAACUUUACCGUAAUCCUCGUCGGCCGGUCCAUCCAGGGAGUCGGCGGUGGGGGGAUAAUCUCCCUCACGGAGAUCAUAGUAACGGACAUUGUCCCGCUUCGCGAGCGAGGAAAGUACUUUGGCUUCUUAUCCAUGAUGUGGGCUCUGGGUUCUGUCGGCGGUCCCCUCGUCGGGGGCGCCUUCGCGCAGGAGGCGUCGUGGAGGUGGAUCUUUUGGAUUAAUCUUCCCUUCUGCGGCCUCGGGUUCGUGUUGAUUCCGCUGUUCUUGAAUCUCAACCAUAGGACCACGUCUUUUGUGGAGAAGCUGAGGAGGGUGGAUUGGCUUGGGUCUGUGCUGUUUGUGGCGUCCAUGAUGAGUCUGUUGAUCCCCAUUACUUGGGGGGGUGUCAUGUAUCCUUGGGAUCAUUGGAGGACUCUGGUCCCCUUGGUGCUUGGUGUUGUGGGAUUGGCCGGGUUUGUCCUCUAUGAGAAGUUUGUGGCUAAGGAGCCGUUGAUUCGUUUGGGAGUUUUUGCCACCAGGACUGCUUUGGUGAAUUAUUUGGGGACCAUUAUGCAUGGGAUGAUUCUUUGGAGUUUACUAUACUAUCUCCCGUUAUACUUUGAAGCUAUCAAAGGCCUCGGCCCGAUCAUGGCCGGUGUAGCCGUCUUCCCAGAGACAUUCACCGUUGCACCAGCAUCUGUAGUAGUUGGUCUCCUAGUCUCCAUAACUGGCCGCUUCCGCUGGGCCCUCUGGCUCGGCUGGAUCCUGACGGUCCUGGGAAUGGGCGUGCUCGUCCUCCUGGACGUGGACACCCCCACCGUAAGCUGGAUAUUCAUAACCCUGGUCAGCGGCCUGGGUACCGGCAUCCUCUUCCCAAGCAUGGCCUACGCUAUCCAAGCGUCAGCCACGGACGAAGACAUGGCCUACGCCGUAUCCAUGUUCUCCUUCUUCCGCGCCUUCGGUCAAGCAUUCGGCGUUGCCAUCGGUGGCGUCAUCUUCCAGAACGCGCUGAAGACGGAGAUCGCGAAGCACGCGGUGCUCAGAGCGAUGGCGGGAAAGUACGCCGCCGACGCAGUCGCCCUUGUACAGGUCAUCAAGAUGAUGCCCAAGGGCAUAGAAGGGAGGGAGGAGCUGCUGAUCAGUUAUGCCGCCGCGCUCAAGGUGGUCUGGAAAGCCAUGAUUGGGUUCGGCGUGGUUGGGUUGGUGACGAGUUUUGCUACUGAGGGGUUGAGUCUCGAUCGGGAGCUCAAGACUGAGCACGGGCUGGUGGAGAAGAAGGCUGUUGGGGACUCGGAGAAGAGUAGUGGGGUUUAG